CAUUUUUCAUUUGUGAUAUUUUUCUUUCAGGAAAUCUUUCGUUUCCAUUUACAAGUAAACUGAACGGAGAAAGAAAAUGUAUUUGGCAUGGAUUACCAGACAUAACCAAAUAGUGCAAACAAACUCGCAUCUUCCAGCUUACCAUGCGAGUAACACAGUGAAAUCAGGAGACAUACUACAACAACAACAACCGAGUACCAUUUCUCACAAUGGAGGCCCCAGUAACGGACGGACAAUCAAUUGGCAGAUGAGACAAGUUUCUCAUCAGACUGCUGGAGUGAGGAAUAAUGGCUACCAGAUGCCACAUGUUAAUAUGCAGAACCGUUCCUGUAAUCAGCAGGGUGGGCAGUAUUUCCCUGUGAUGAUUGAAUGUAAAAAUCCUGUAAAUUACUCAACAAUUCAAAAUCUUUCUGAUAUGAAGAUAAAAACAUGUCAUCAAGGCACACCAUUGCCCAGGCAGCAGUUUAACAUGCUGCAAUACAGUCAAACAACAGUUCCACAGCCAUGUACCAUGUCUGCUCCUCAACAUAUCGGUAAUAAUAAGGACUUGUAUAAGGCUGCAAACCAAAGUUCAUCGAAAACUAGUGUCUCCUCUACCCAAGCUACCUCAUUUCCUGUCAACCAAUUGGUUAGUGUAGCCGAAUCUCCCACUGCACGCUAUGCAAACAAUGCUCUGGUCAACAACACUGCACAUGGACCGCAUCCCUCCAAUCACUCUGGACCUCAUAUGUCUUAUUCUCAUAUCAACAAAAGUGGACAGACUCUACACGCCUCCAGAAUGACUCAGAAAACACAAAAUAUAUCAACCAUAUUAGAUAGCAAUAAAACAUGUGGGUCCCCAGGAGCAGGACCUCUGCCAAAUAUAAAUGCAAAAGAAAAAUAUCCCCCAAUCUUACUGCAAUUAAUUGAAAUGGCCAUUGGUAAACCAAAUGACCGAUCAGAUACCUCAAGAGAAGUUGCUAUUGUGCAUCCAUUGACUUCAUCUUGCAAUACAAAUACCUGUGCAAGCAAAAGUCCCACACCACCCGAGUCUGGAAGUUUACUUGUACAAAAGCAGAAAACAAUGCAACAAGAGCAUUUUAAGAGUUCCAUUGAAGUUCCAUAUCAGCCACAGUCCAAACACUGUCCAACUCAGCAAAUGCAAGCUACCAAACAUGCAGAUGACCACCGUGUUGGAGCAUGUGCUCAAAAGUUAGUAACCCUUGAAGCUACAGAAAAGGACAAGGGGGAUAACAUCAAAGGACACUAUUUUAAGAGUUCCAUAAUUAUUCAAGAUCAGCCACAAUCCAAACAAUGUCCUACUCUGUACAUGCGGGCUGCCAAUCAUGCAGAUGACCGUGGUAUUGGAGCAUGUGCUCAAAAGUUAGUAAACAUUGAAUCUCCAGAAAAGGACAAGGGGGAUAAGAACACACAACAAGACACACCACCAGAACCAGAGGCCAGUGUUCAUAAGCUUUCAUCGCUUCCGACAGCACAGUGGACCGCUAAGGAAUUACGAUCUUUGUUUGACGUAAAUGUACAUGAGGAAGAAUCUACCAAAUCUAAACAAGAUUGUCGAAAACAAAUUAUAUCUCUGUUUUAUGCUCACAACGUAUUAAAUCUGGUGACUGCCAUUAGGACAAGCUCUCACGGUGACUUAAUUAGAAAUGUUGGCGCAUUUUGUGGCGAUCAUUUGACAGACGACACUGUUGUACUGACACAAGUAGAGCCCUCUUUCACGAGUCAACUAAAAAACUUCCAUGUUUUUAAAGAUGGGGAGGUUUACUCAGAACUGCCCUACAGCUCGUCAUGGUUGAACAAAAAUGAACUAGAUUACAUUGACAAGGAGUUUGGUCCCAAUAAGUACAUAUCACUGAAUGACAACCAGCCAGAUUCCGUAACAGUUGAGAGCGUUCCAUCACAAACUGCAGCUGAGGUGCCGGGACCUGUGAUUGAACAAUUAGAUCACGACAGUACUGACUCUGACAAAAUGUAUUCAUUUGAAAUCAAAGUUAUGUCACCAGAAGAAGCUAAAACCAUUUUUGAACAAGGCCGUGUUGGGACGUCACAAUGUAUGGGAACUUGUAUUAAACUAGAGGCGGUCUCAAAUACUUCUGUGGUGGAUAACCAACCUAAAGAUCUCACGGCCACAAGCAGCUCACAUGCAAAGACUGGCAUACAGCAAUUCUGCUGCAUUGCAAAGUGGAAAGAGAUGGUUUGUCGUUCUGAAACGUUACUGGAAAAAUGCCAGUGUGACCAGCUGUGCACAAAGUUGAGCAGUGAAACUGAAGGGACUAGUCAACAAAUGGACUGCCAAGAGGAAAUGAUAAUAUCUGACCUUGAUUCCCACUCACCCUCCAAACGUGUGGAAUCUAAAAGUGAGGAGAAAACCAUCAGCAGCAUUGCCACUAUUAAUUGGGAUGAAAUAUGCAACACAGUCAGUGAGACUUUCGAAUUAAGUUACGAUGAAGAAACUGAUAUGAACAUACAAAAGCUAAAUGAAAGCCAGCCAAUCAUCAUACUGGAAAAUGAUGCCACGAACCUAUCCAGCUGUGAGAGGGAUCUUCACAACCAGUUGCCUGACAAUGAAGAUUGCAAAGAAGCUCAUCUAAAAACUGCAGAAAGCUGCCAAUCCACCGAUACUCACGUCAGUGGAGAAAAGACUCCUGCGUUGCUACUUCUUGAGGGAAAGUGUGAACAAGCACAGAAAGCACCAGACAAGACAUUGUCUCCCGUGAAACAUCAAAUGCUGUGCGAUUCACUGCCUGUUGGUCAGAUGACCGUCAGUGUAACUCUACCAAAAGAAAAUGAGCAAAAAAACCGAAAGAAACUAAGCUGUCCAUCUACUAUUAUUCCAUACCUUAAGAAGUUGAUUAACAAAAAAAACCAGGAUUCCAACAUUUCAAAAAGCCAUAAAAUUAGUGUUGACCGUGACCCUUCAGAGUCAGGCAGAACUGUCCAGCUGGCACUUUUUGGCUCAUUGCCACGUGCUAAUAUCCCUAAUAGUUGGAAAAAGACUGAAGCCCCUCCUGAAGUUAUCUAUGCCAAUAUCAGUCCCUUCAAAAGAAAAAGAGAAUGUGCACCCACAUCGGAUGAUUCAGCUACAACGAGGAUUCCAAAGAAAGCCUGUUCAUCCACAGGUCGGAUGAAGCAAAGAAUCAACCGGAAAGCAAAGCACACCCUCCUCUCAACGACUAUCAAAAAAAAGAAACUGGUCAAAAUAUGGCAUCAAAAGGAUAAGGAUUUUGAUCCCCACCUGAGAAAGUCAACUGGACAUGACAGAAGAAAGAAUGAACAUAGAAGCCAGGCUCUUCUUCCCAUCCAGGGGAAUGUCCUGAAAUUCAGUGUUUUGCCAAAUACCUUCAGCUUUGAAGAUACAUCAAAGGAUGAGAGAGAAACCACAGAAUGUUGUCCAGAUAAUCCUUCACCAGAACCAGAAAAGGAACGUCUCAUUAAGAAAAUCACACCAGUCCUGUGGAGUCCUCCUCCUGAUCAGGAUAACCAUCCUGUACAUCAUGGUAUCAACUCCAGCAGCUCCAGCGUCUUUGCAGAGUUUCAGAAAAAGUAUAAGAUGAUGUCCCAGCCAUCAAUGGCUCAGUAGCUACUGGCACAUCAGAUUUUGGCUGUGUACCCUCUGAGCAAAUAACGCCGUAAAGGAUUUACAUCUUUAAGAAGAGAACAAAUAUACUCCGAUACAGUUUUUUUUUUUGUACAACUUUAAUUAGUUGAUGUGACCUCAGGGCAUGCUUACUAAAAUUGCCUUAUAAGAACAAUUUUUGCCUUUGAUAUUUUUUAUAUACCACGUGAAGGCUUAUUUGAAUGUGAUGUUUUGUAUUAAUGCAGUUAAGGAUUUGAGUUUAAAACUAUGAUAUUCAUAUGAUUGUUAUCAAGGGACUGUGGUUCCUCUUUUUUUUUUUUUUUUGUACAGCACACUAACACAAAGUCUUACUCUUGUUGCAAGUGGAGAUUACAGUAUUAAAAAAAAACAUUUAUUGAGCCAUUCAAUAAAAAUAAUUUCCUCCAGAA